AUGACUGCCGUCUUAAUCUCAGGGGCGACAGGAAAGCAAGGAGGCUCGCUCAUCAGAAGCCUCGUCUCGCGCAACGCCCCGUUCGAGAUCCUAGCCGUCACGCGAAAUCCGGCAUCUGCGUCCGCCCAGAAGCUCAAGGCCCUAUCAUCCAACAUCAAGCUUGUCGAGGGCGACCUAGACAACCCGACCGGCAUCUUUCAAAAGGCGCAAAGCCUGACUUCGGUCCCUAUCUGGGGUGUCUACAGUGUGCAGACAGCCAUUGGCAACGGCGCCAAAGAAGAAGUCCAAGGCAAAGCCCUCGUCGACGAGGCCAUCCGACAGAAUGUCAAGUUCUUCGUAUUUAGCUCCGUUGAUCGCGGUGGCGAGGAACGCUCAUACACCAACCCAACUAAGAUUCCUCAUUUCAUCAAAAAGCAUAACAUCGAACACCACCUCGUCAAUAGUGCCAAAAGAAGUGAGAUGGAGUGGACGAUCUUGAGACCGACCGCGUUCUACGAGAACCUUACCCCGGACUUCUUCGGCAGGGUCUUCGCAACUUGUUUCAAGAUGGCAUUGAAAGGAAAGGCCCUGCAGCUUGUCGCUACGAGUGAUAUUGGCUAUUUCGGGGCUGAUGCUUUUCUCAAUCCGGAGCAGUAUAAGGGCAAGGGAAUUUCCCUGGCGGGUGAUGAGUUGACCUUUGAUCAAAUGGAGCAGGUUUUUGUGAAGACGACGGGGAAUAGUCUACCAAUGGCUAACAAACUUGUUUGCUCUAUCUUUAUGGCCCUCAUGAAGGACAUGGGAUAUAUGUUCAAAUGGUUUCACGAUGAGGGCUAUGGGGUCGAUAUUCGGAAACUGCGCGAAAUCAAUCCUUCCAUGAAGAACUUUGAGACAUGGCUUGAGAAAGAGAGUGGGUUUUCAAAAUGA